GCAAAAGAGGCUAUAUCUGCUUUAUAAUAUCAAUUGUUGUUUGAUGGCUGAUGACAAGUUGCUGCAUUUUUUUAAUGUAAUAAUUUUAACCCUUUAUACCUGAUAUAUAUAUACUUAAAUAGAUGUUAACCACCAUUGUCAUCAUAUUUUAAGGAAUUUCAAAUGAGUCUCACAAGAUUUCUUGCUCAACGUUCCGUAUAUAAUUCAAGACAAUCAUUUACAUGUGAGGCGGAAUUUAAAGAGAAGCUAAUUGCUUCAGUUAAGAAAGAAGUUAAACAGUUAAUGGAAGAAGCUGUUACAAAAAAAUUUGUUCAUGAAGAAAGUGGCGCUGUAACAUCCUUAUGUGCAGCAGUUGAAGCUUGUUUAAGCCAAGGAUUACGCCGUCGAGCAUUAGGUUUAUUUAAAACAUCAUCUACCACAGCUUUAUUACAUAAAGUUGCAAAACACUGCCCAGAAGCGGCAAUUAUUAGUAAAAAAGUUCAAGAUAUUGAAAACAGUGAUCCGAACAAAAGAUCUUCAUCGAGUAGCGAUAGUGUUAACAAGCCACAACCAAUUUUAAAAAAAGGCAGCAGUAGCUCAUCUGUUUUAUCAACUACUAGCCCACCAUCAUCACCACCAAUAGUAAAAUAUCUUUGGAUUCGACUAGCAUUGUAUGAGAAAAGAUUAUCCAAAAUUAUUGAACAUUUGGUUACUAAUGCCGCUAGAUAUUAUGAGAGGGAUUCAUUGGUAGCUGAUCCAGAUUAUGGAUCAAUUUUGAGCUCAUUGCUUGUUGGACCAUGUGCGCUAGAAUAUUCACGCACAAAAACUCCAGAUCAUUUUUGGUCUGACCCUCACGCUGAUGAAUUGGUGCAAAGACAUCGAAUCAGCUCCGGAAAUCCAACGCCACCCUCAUGUCGCAGACCAAUUAUUAAUUUUAAACGCAGUUUACAUACAAGUUCGGAGGAAGCAAGUUCUGGUUCAUUUAAAUCAUCAUCAUCGGUUACUGUAGCAAAAGACUAUGUCGAAUCUUUACAUCAAAAUUCACGGGCAACUCUUUUGUAUGGAAAGAAUAACGUUUUAGUUCUUCCAAAAGAUGUAAGUGAGCCAAUGCCAGGUUAUUUGAGCUUACAUCAAACUGCCCAGUCUUUAACAGUCAAGUGGACGCCAAAUCAGUUAAUGAAUGGACAUAGUGAAACAGAGUCUACCGAUAAAAGUUUCUAUUGGGCUUAUGCUUUAAAUAUAAAUGUUGAUGAAAUCGUGUAUGUGCAUUGUCAUCAAAUACGUGGUGAAGAUACUGGCGGUACAAUAAUACUUGUUGGACAAGAUGGAGUUCAACAACCACCCAUACAUUUUCCAGAAGGAGGACAUAUGGCAGCAUUUUUAAGUUGCUUGGAGACUGGUUUGUUACCACAUGGACAAUUAGAUCCUCCAUUAUGGUCAAAUAGAGGAUUUGGGAAAAUUUUUUCGUGGCCUCAAAAGGGUCGACGCCGUAUUUUACCUUCUGUUUUGGAGAAUAAUGAAGAACAUCCAAUCGAUUAUGUAUUCAGAGUAGUUAAUAAAAGUAAUCACGAAGAGUUUUUGGCCACACAUCCAAUAUUAGAAUUAGGACGCACAAGUCCAAGACGUGUUCAACUUGGCAGUUGUUCUACUAAUGGGAGUAGUGAUUGCUCAAGUAAAAGUAUGUCAUUGGAUCAAAGUGAAAGUCCACAAACAACUCUGCCAAACCAAUCUGCAAGUAUUGCUUUAGUUUGUACAACGAUGCGCCGUCAAAUUAUUUCAAGAGCUUUUUAUGGCUGGUUAGCAUAUUGCAGACAUUUGUCUACAGUUCGAACACAUUUGUCUGGAUUAGUAAAUGGUAGAAUAACACCAGAAGUUGGAGCUGAAGAAGGGCUUACAAAAGAAAAAUGGGAAUCUUUGCAAACAGAUGGUAUUGUUAGUGAUGGAGAUGAAGUUUAUAGAUUAGUAUACUACGGCGGUGUUCAUCAGGAUAUCAGAAAGAAAGUUUGGCCUUAUCUACUAGGUCAUUAUGAAUUUGGAAGUACAGAAGAAGAUCGCCUAAGUUUAGAUGAAAGUACAAAACGUUAUUAUGAAACAACAAUGAGCGAAUGGCUAGCGGUUGAAGCAAUUGUAAGACAACGAGAUAAAGAAAAAACAGCACACGCAGUUGCAAAACUGAGUUCUGAAAGUAGUAGUGGAGGUCAUAAGAAAAUAAUUAUUGAUCCAGAUGAUGAAAUGGAGAAUGAUGUGUUUGAGGACAAUGAUUUUUCUGAUAUUUCAGAUCCAGGGGAUUAUGAAGAUGACCGCCGUAACGAUUUCGACGAUGAAGAUGAUAUUCCAGUUGAUGGGGAAAAAAUAAAUGAAGAAGAACAAAAUAAAACUAAUGAAAAACCAUCACGACUAAAUAAAAGCAGUACAGAUUCGGGUAAUGUUCCUGACGCAUAUAUCAAAGAUUCCGAUAUCAUCGAUGAUGAAGAAGACAAUGUUAAAGAUAAAAGGGAAAUCAAAUAUGUUACAGAUACAUCAAUAUCAGAUAACAAAUCCCAAGAAAAUUUUGAAGCUAUUAAUAACGAUUUAAUUAAGCCCACCUUGCAAUUAAAUAUAGAAGAAAAUUGUUUUAUUGAUAAUGAUAAUACAAAUACUAUAGUCAAUGCCAGUAAUAAUGAUGACAGUUUGGAUACUAAAAUAUUUGAAGGGAACGAAUCAAAUAUAAGUAAUAAAAGUUCUCCAUCCACUUCGUAUGAGACAGUUGGAAAUGAAUUUCUUGAUUUGACAAAUAAUGAUGUAAGUGACGUUGAUGACAAUAUACGUAUCCCCGAAUUUCAAAGUAUAGAUGGUGGAGAUGUUCAGUUGGAAAUAACUGAUGCGAUGAAUGUUAAUGAAAGUGACGAAAUUAUAGGUGUCGAAGGUGGAAGUUGUGAAAAUGAUAGUUUUGAAAAUGAUGUUACAAUGAAAUUUGAUAUAAGUACUAAAGAACCUCAAAAAGAAUCAACUGAUGACGAUAGUGAUGAAAAAACACAAAUAUCACUUAACCAUAACAAAGACGAAAAAAUACCACGUCCUCCAACUGCGGCUGUUAUUGUCACUAAUGCUUCAAUUGACAUCUCAUCUAUGGAUAAGAUCGACGUGAGCGAUGGUGAAAAAACUACCACUAUGUCGCCAGUACAGGAGGAAUCAAAUGGGCAAAUAUUAGAUGCGUUACAAGAACCUAAAUCAGCAUGCGUCUCCCCAGCUAGUUCAAAUGGCGGUAUAUACAGCUGUGAAUUGUUAGAAUCAUUCGGAUUAAAUUUACACCGAAUUGAAAAAGAUGUACAACGGUGCGAUAGAAAUUAUUGGUAUUUUGCAAAUGAGAAUCUGGACAAGUUAAGAAAUGUUAUAUGCACAUAUGUUUGGGAACAUCUAGAUAUUGGAUACAUGCAGGGCAUGUGUGAUCUAGUGGCACCACUUUUAGUUAUAUUUGAUGAUGAAUCAUUAAGUUAUGGUUGUUUCUGUAAAUUAAUGGAACGAAUGAUUGAAAAUUUUCCGAAUGGUGGAGCUAUGGAUAUGCACUUUGCCAACAUGAGAUCACUUAUACAAAUACUCGACUCAGAAAUGUAUGAUUUAAUGCACGCGCAUGGUGAUUAUACACAUUUUUAUUUCUGUUAUCGAUGGUUUCUAUUAGACUUUAAAAGAGAACUAAUUUAUGCUGAUGUUUUUGCGACAUGGGAAUGUAUAUGGGCAGCAAAACAUGUUGCUAGUGGCCAUUUUGUAUUAUUUUUAGCAUUAGCGUUACUGGAAACAUAUAGAGAUAUAAUAUUAUCAAAUAGCAUGGAUUUUACAGAUGUCAUAAAAUUUUUUAAUGAAAUGGCUGAACGUCACAAUACUCCGGCAGUCUUGAAAUUAGCGCGCAAUCUGGUUCAUCAAUUACAAACAAUUAUAGAAAAUAAAUAAAUAAAACAAAAUGUUUUAGUUAUAUUAUAAGAACAAAAUAAUUAUAUAAAAGGAAGUAAAUUAAUAUUCAAUUAGAAAGUAAAGAAAAAUUAUUUUACUACAUUUACUUAUUAAGUUAUGACAUGGAAAUGACACAGCAAAAUUUAAAAACCUCAUUAAUAAAGUAAUAAACUAUUUUUAUGAAAUAUCAGUGUAUUUCAAAAAUAUUUGAUUUUUGUUGUUUACAAAAAAAAUUUAAGGUGUAAAAAACUAAACUAAAAUAUAAAGGUGAAUUUAAAUACAAAAGCUCCCUCAACUCUAAAAACACUUGUUUGAAAACCAAACUAUUUGUGAAUUAAUAAAUUAAAUAUCAAUUACAACAUCACAAGUGAUGUAUUCAAAUAGCCCACACAUAACAAAACAUUAAAUAUAAACCCUAAGAGUAACAUUAAAAUAUCAUAUCUGAAUUCUAACUUCACAAGUAAAUGUAGUAAAGAAUUUAUUAAAACUGAACCAAAU